CACGCCGCGGCGAUCAUGGCCGCGCGGGCAGCAGCGGCGGCGGCGGCGGCGGCGGCGCGGGCGCGGGCGCGGGCAGGCAGCGGCGAACGGCGGGCGCCCCCCGGGCCGCGGCCGGCGCCCGGGGCCCGGGACCUGGAGGCGGGGGCGCGCGGCGCGGCGGCGGCACCGGGACCCAUGCUGGGGGGCGGCGGCGACGGCGGCGGCGGCCUGAACAGUGUGCACCACCACCCCCUGCUCCCCCGUCACGAACUCAACAUGGCCCAUAACGCGGGCGCCGCGGCCGCCGCCGCCGGCACCCACAGCGCCAAGAGCGGCGGCUCCGAGGCGGCUCUCAAGGAGGGUGGAAGCGCCGCCGCGCUGUCCUCCUCCUCCUCCUCCGCGGCGGCAGCGGCGGCGUCCUCUUCCUCCUCGUCGGGCCCGGGCUCGGCCAUGGAGACGGGGCUGCUCCCCAACCACAAACUGAAAACCGUUGGCGAAGCCCCCGCCGCGCCGCCCCACCAGCAGCACCACCACCACCACCAUGCCCACCACCACCACCACCAUGCCCACCACCUCCACCACCACCACGCACUACAGCAGCAGCUAAACCAGUUCCAGCAGCAGCAGCAGCAGCAGCAGCAACAGCAGCAGCAGCAGCAGCAGCAACAUCCCAUUUCCAACAACAACAGCCUGGGCGGCGCAGGCGGCGGCGCGCCUCAGCCCGGCCCCGACAUGGAGCAGCCGCAACAUGGAGGCGCCAAGGACAGUGCCGCGGGCGGCCAGGCCGACCCCCCGGGCCCGCCGCUGCUGAGCAAGCCGGGCGACGAGGAAGACGCGCCGCCCAAGAUGGGGGAGCCGACGGGCGGCCGCUACGAGCACCCGGGCCUGGGCGCCCUGGGCGCGCAGCAGCCGCCGGUCGCCGUGCCCGGGGGCGGCGGCGGCCAGGCGGUCCCGGAGUUUAAUAAUUACUAUGGCAGCGCUGCCCCUGCGAGCGGCGGCCCCGGCGGCCGCGCUGGGCCUUGCUUUGAUCAACAUGGCGGACAACAAAGCCCCGGGAUGGGGAUGAUGCACUCCGCCUCCGCCGCCGCCGCCGGGGCCCCCGGCAGCAUGGACCCCCUGCAGAACUCCCACGAAGGGUACCCCAACAGCCAGUGCAACCAUUAUCCGGGCUACAGCCGGCCCGGCGCGGGCGGCGGCGGCGGCGGAGGAGGAGGAGGAGGUGGUAGCGGAGGAGGAGGAGGAGGAGGAGGAGCAGGAGCAGGAGGAGCAGGAGCGGGAGCUGUGGCGGCGGCGGCCGCGGCGGCGGCAGCAGCAGCAGCAGGAGGCGGCGGCGGCGGCUAUGGGGGCUCGUCCGCGGGGUACGGGGUGCUGAGCUCCCCCCGGCAGCAGGGCGGCGGCAUGAUGAUGGGCCCCGGGGGCGGCGGGGCCGCGAGCCUCAGCAAGGCGGCCGCCGGCUCGGCGGCGGGGGGCUUCCAGCGCUUCGCCGGUCAGAACCAGCACCCGUCGGGGGCCACCCCGACCCUCAAUCAGCUGCUCACCUCGCCCAGCCCCAUGAUGCGGAGCUACGGCGGCAGCUACCCCGAGUACAGCAGCCCCAGCGCGCCGCCGCCGCCGUCGCAGCCCCAGUCCCAGGCGGCGGCGGCGGCGGGGGCGGCGGCGGGCGGCCAGCAGGCGGCCGCGGGCAUGGGCUUGGGCAAGGACAUGGGCGCCCAGUACGCCGCUGCCAGCCCGGCCUGGGCGGCCGCGCAACAAAGGAGUCACCCGGCGAUGAGCCCCGGCACCCCCGGACCGACUAUGGGCAGAUCCCAGGGCAGCCCAAUGGAUCCAAUGGUGAUGAAGAGACCUCAGUUGUAUGGCAUGGGCAGUAACCCUCAUUCUCAGCCUCAGCAGAGCAGUCCGUACCCAGGAGGUUCCUACGGCCCCCCAGGCCCACAGCGAUAUCCAAUUGGCAUCCAGGGUCGGACUCCCGGGGCCAUGGGCGGAAUGCAGUACCCUCAGCAGCAGAUGCCUCCUCAGUAUGGACAGCAAGGUGUGAGUGGUUACUGCCAACAGGGCCAACAGCCAUAUUACAGCCAGCAGCCGCAGCCCCCGCACCUCCCGCCCCAGGCGCAGUAUCUGCCGUCCCAGUCCCAGCAGAGGUACCAGCCGCAGCAGGACAUGUCUCAGGAAGGCUAUGGAACUAGAUCUCAACCUCCUCUGGCCCCCGGAAAACCUAACCAUGAAGACUUGAACUUAAUACAACAAGAAAGACCAUCAAGUUUACCAGUUGAAGUCUUGGCCUCGGAGGAUACAGCCUUUGGACUCAAGGAUCUGUCUGGCUCCAUUGAUGACCUCCCCACGGGAACGGAAGCAACUUUGAGCUCAGCAGUCAGUGCAUCCGGGUCCACGAGCAGCCAAGGGGAUCAGAGCAACCCGGCGCAGUCGCCUUUCUCCCCACAUGCGUCGCCUCAUCUCUCCAGCAUCCCGGGGGGCCCAUCUCCCUCUCCUGUUGGCUCUCCUGUAGGAAGCAACCAGUCUCGAUCUGGCCCAAUCUCUCCUGCAAGUAUCCCAGGUAGUCAGAUGCCUCCGCAGCCACCCGGGAGCCAGUCAGAAUCCAGUUCCCAUCCCGCCUUGAGCCAGUCACCAAUGCCACAGGAAAGAGGUUUUAUGGCAGGCACACAAAGAAACCCUCAGAUGGCUCAGUAUGGACCUCAACAGACAGGACCAUCCAUGUCGCCUCAUCCUUCUCCUGGGGGCCAGAUGCAUGCUGGAAUCAGUAGCUUUCAGCAGAGUAACUCAAGUGGGACUUACGGUCCACAGAUGAGCCAGUAUGGACCACAAGGUAACUACUCCAGACCCCCAGCGUAUAGUGGGGUGCCCAGUGCAAGCUACAGCGGCCCAGGGCCCGGUAUGGGUAUCAGUGCCAACAACCAGAUGCAUGGACAAGGGCCAAGCCAGCCAUGUGGUGCUGUGCCCCUGGGACGAAUGCCAUCAGCUGGGAUGCAGAACAGACCAUUUCCUGGAAAUAUGAGCAGCAUGACCCCCAGUUCUCCUGGCAUGUCUCAGCAGGGAGGGCCAGGAAUGGGGCCGCCAAUGCCAACUGUGAACCGUAAGGCACAGGAGGCAGCCGCAGCAGUGAUGCAGGCUGCUGCGAACUCAGCACAAAGCAGGUACGCCACCCAGGAGCACGCCCCGGGCAGGCAAGGCAGUUUCCCCGGCAUGAACCAGAGUGGACUUAUGGCUUCCAGCUCUCCCUACAGCCAGCCCAUGAACAACAGCUCUGGCCUGAUGAACACGCAGGCGCCGCCCUACAGCAUGGCGCCUACCAUGGUGAACAGCUCGGCAGCAUCUAUGGGUCUUGCAGAUAUGAUGUCUCCUGGUGAAUCCAAACUGCCCCUGCCUCUCAAAGCAGACGGCAAAGAAGAAGGCACUCCGCAGCCCGAGAGCAAGUCAAAGGAUAGCUACAGCUCUCAGGGUAUUUCUCAGCCCCCAACCCCAGGCAACCUGCCAGUCCCUUCCCCAAUGUCCCCCAGCUCUGCUAGCAUCUCCUCAUUUCAUGGAGAUGAAAGUGAUAGCAUUAGCAGCCCAGGCUGGCCAAAGACUCCAUCAAGCCCUAAGUCCAGCUCCUCCACCACCACUGGGGAGAAGAUCACGAAGGUGUAUGAACUGGGGAAUGAGCCAGAGAGAAAGCUCUGGGUCGACCGAUACCUCACCUUCAUGGAAGAGAGAGGCUCUCCUGUCUCGAGUCUGCCUGCCGUGGGCAAGAAGCCUCUGGACCUGUUCCGGCUCUAUGUCUGCGUCAAAGAGAUUGGGGGUUUGGCCCAGGUUAAUAAAAACAAGAAGUGGCGUGAGCUGGCCACCAACCUAAACGUUGGCACCUCAAGCAGUGCAGCGAGCUCCCUGAAAAAGCAGUAUAUUCAGUACCUGUUUGCCUUCGAGUGCAAGAUCGAACGCGGGGAGGAGCCCCCGCCGGAAGUCUUCAGCACCGGGGACACCAAAAAGCAGCCCAAGCUCCAGCCGCCAUCUCCUGCUAACUCGGGAUCCUUGCAAGGCCCACAGACCCCUCAGUCAACUGGCAGCAAUUCCAUGGCAGAGGUUCCAGGUGACCUGAAGCCACCUACCCCAGCCUCCACCCCUCACGGACAGAUGACCCCAAUGCAAGGUGGAAGAAGCAGUACAAUCAGUGUGCACGACCCGUUCUCAGACGUGAGUGAUUCAUCCUUCCCGAAACGGAACUCCAUGACUCCAAACGCCCCCUACCAGCAGGGCAUGAGCAUGCCCGAUGUGAUGGGCAGGAUGCCCUAUGAGCCCAACAAGGACCCCUUUGGGGGAAUGAGAAAAGUGCCUGGAAGCAGCGAGCCCUUUAUGACGCAAGGACAAAUGCCCAACAGCAGCAUGCAGGACAUGUACAACCAAAGUCCCUCCGGAGCAAUGUCCAACCUGGGCAUGGGGCAGCGCCAGCAGUUUCCCUAUGGAGCCAGUUACGACCGAAGGCAUGAACCUUAUGGGCAGCAGUAUCCAGGCCAAGGCCCUCCCUCGGGACAGCCGCCGUAUGGAGGGCACCAGCCCGGCCUGUACCCACAGCAGCCGAAUUACAAACGCCAUAUGGACGGCAUGUACGGGCCCCCAGCCAAGCGCCACGAGGGCGACAUGUACAACAUGCAGUACAGCAGCCAGCAGCAGGAGAUGUACAAUCAGUACGGAGGCUCCUACUCGGGCCCGGACCGCAGGCCCAUCCAGGGCCAGUACCCAUAUCCCUACAGCAGGGAGAGGAUGCAGGGCCCGGGGCAGAUCCAGACGCACGGAAUCCCGCCUCAGAUGAUGGGCGGCCCGCUGCAGUCGUCCUCCAGCGAGGGACCUCAGCAGAAUAUGUGGGCAGCACGCAAUGAUAUGCCUUAUCCCUACCAGAACAGGCAGGGCCCUGGCGGCCCUGCACAGGCGCCCCCUUACCCAGGCAUGAACCGCACGGACGAUAUGAUGGUACCUGAUCAGAGGAUAAAUCAUGAGAGCCAGUGGCCUUCUCACGUCAGCCAGCGUCAGCCUUAUAUGUCGUCCUCAGCCUCCAUGCAGCCCAUCACGCGCCCGCCACAGCCGUCCUACCAGACGCCACCGUCACUGCCAAAUCACAUCUCCAGGGCGCCCAGCCCAGCAUCCUUCCAGCGCUCCCUGGAGAACCGCAUGUCUCCAAGCAAGUCUCCCUUUCUGCCCUCUAUGAAGAUGCAGAAGGUCAUGCCCACGGUCCCCGCAUCCCAGGUCACUGGGCCACCACCCCAACCACCCCCAAUCAGAAGGGAGAUCACCUUUCCUCCUGGCUCAGUGGAAGCAUCACAGCCAGUCUUGAAACAAAGGCGAAAGAUCACCUCCAAAGAUAUCGUUACUCCAGAGGCAUGGCGUGUGAUGAUGUCCCUUAAAUCAGGUCUUUUGGCUGAAAGUACGUGGGCUUUGGACACUAUUAAUAUUCUUCUGUAUGAUGACAGCACUGUUGCUACUUUCAAUCUCUCCCAGUUGUCUGGAUUUCUGGAACUUUUAGUCGAGUACUUUAGAAAAUGCCUGAUUGACAUUUUUGGAAUUCUUAUGGAAUAUGAAGUGGGAGACCCCAGCCAAAAAGCACUUGAUCACAACGCAGCAAGGAAGGACGACAGCCAGUCCUUGGCGGACGAUUCUGGGAAAGAGGAGGAAGAUGCUGAAUGUAUUGAUGACGACGAGGAGGACGAGGAGGACGAGGAGGACGACAGCGAGAAGACAGAAAGCGAUGAAAAGAGCAGCAUCACUCUGACCGCCCCGGAUGCCGCUGCAGACCCAAAGGAGAAGCCCAAGCAAGCCAGUAAGUUCGACAAGCUGCCAAUAAAGAUAGUCAAAAAGAACAACCUGUUUGUUGUUGACCGAUCUGACAAGUUGGGGCGUGUGCAGGAGUUCAACAGUGGCCUUCUGCACUGGCAGCUCGGCGGGGGCGACACCACCGAGCACAUUCAGACUCACUUUGAGAGCAAGAUGGAAAUUCCUCCUCGCAGGCGCCCACCUCCCCCCUUAGGCUCCGCGGGGAGAAAGAAAGAGCAAGAAGGCAAAGGAGACUCUGAAGAGCAGCAAGAGAAAAGCAUCAUAGCAACCAUCGAUGACGUCCUCUCUGCUCGGCCAGGGGCACUGCCCGAAGACGCAAACCCUGGGCCCCAGACGGAAAGCAGUAAGUUUCCCUUUGGUAUCCAGCAAGCCAAAAGUCACCGGAACAUCAAGCUGCUGGAGGACGAGCCCAGGAGCCGAGACGAGACUCCUCUGUGCACCAUUGCACACUGGCAGGACUCGCUGGCUAAGCGAUGCAUCUGUGUGUCCAAUAUUGUCCGUAGCUUGUCGUUCGUGCCUGGCAAUGAUGCCGAAAUGUCCAAACAUCCAGGCUUGGUGCUGAUCCUGGGGAAGCUGAUUCUUCUUCACCACGAGCAUCCAGAGAGAAAGCGAGCACCACAGACCUACGAGAAAGAUGAGGAUGAGGACAAGGGGGUGGCCUGCAGCAAAGAUGAGUGGUGGUGGGACUGCCUCGAGGUCUUGAGGGAUAACACGUUGGUCACGUUGGCCAACAUUUCCGGGCAGCUAGACUUGUCUGCUUACACGGAAAGCAUCUGCUUGCCAAUUUUGGAUGGCUUGCUGCACUGGAUGGUGUGCCCGUCUGCAGAGGCACAAGAUCCCUUUCCAACUGUGGGACCCAACUCGGUCCUGUCGCCUCAGAGACUUGUGCUGGAGACCCUCUGUAAACUCAGUAUCCAGGACAAUAAUGUGGACCUGAUCUUGGCCACUCCUCCAUUUAGUCGUCAGGAGAAAUUCUAUGCUACAUUAGUUAGGUACGUUGGGGAUCGCAAAAACCCAGUCUGUCGAGAAAUGUCCAUGGCGCUUUUAUCGAACCUUGCCCAAGGGGACGCGCUAGCAGCAAGGGCCAUAGCUGUGCAGAAAGGAAGCAUUGGAAACUUGAUAAGCUUCCUAGAGGAUGGGGUCACGAUGGCCCAGUACCAGCAGAGCCAGCACAACCUCAUGCACAUGCAGCCCCCGCCCCUGGAACCACCUAGCGUGGACAUGAUGUGCAGGGCGGCCAAGGCUUUGCUAGCCAUGGCCAGGGUGGACGAAAACCGCUCAGAAUUCCUUUUGCACGAGGGCCGGUUGCUGGAUAUCUCGAUAUCAGCUGUCCUGAACUCUCUGGUUGCAUCUGUCAUCUGUGAUGUACUGUUUCAGAUUGGGCAGUUAUGACAUAAGUGAGAAGGCAAGCAUGUGUGAGUGAAGAUUAGAGGGUCACAUAUAACUGGCUGUUUUCUGUUCUUGUUUAUCCAGCGUAGGAAGAAGGAAAAGAAAAUCUUUGCUCCUCUGCCCCAUUCACUAUUUACCAAUUGGGAAUUAAAUAAUUAAUUUGAACAGUUACGAAAUUAAUAUUUGCUGUCUGUGUGUAUAAGUACAUCCUUUGGGGUUUUUUUUUUUUUUUUCUUUUUUUUAACCAAAGUUGCUGUCUAGUGCAUUCAAAGGUCACUUUUGGUUUUUCACAGAUCUUUUUAAUGUUCUUUUCCAUGUUGUAUUGCAUUUUUGGGGGAAGCAAAUUGACUUUAAAGAAAAAAGUUAUGGCAAAAGAUGCUAAGAUGCAAAAAUUUCACCACACUGAGUCAAAAAGGUGAAAAAUUAUCCAUUUCCUAUGCGUUUUACUCCUCAGAGAAUGAAAAAAAACUGCAUCCCAUCACCCAAAGUUCUGUGCAAUAGAAAUUUCUACAGAUACAGGUAUAGGGGCUCAAGGAGGUAUGUCAGUCAGUAGUCAAAACUAUGAAAUGAUACUGGUUUCUCCACAGGAAAAUGGUUCCAUUAGGCUGGGAGCAAAAACAAUGUUUUUUUAAGAUUGAAAAUACAUACCUGACAACGAUCCGGAAACUGCUCCUCACCACUCCCGUCAUGCCUGCUGUCGGCGUUUGACCUUCCACAUGACAGUUCUUCACAAUUCCUUUAAUCAUUUUUUAAAUAUUUUUUUUACUGCCUAUGGGCUGUGAUGUAUAUAGAAGUUGUACAUUAAACAUACCCUCAUUUUUUUCUUUUCUUUUCUUUUUUUUUUUUUUUUUUUUUUUAGUACAAACUUUUAGUUUCUUUUUCAUGAUGUGGUAACUACGAAGUGAUGGUAGAUUUAAAUAAUUUUUUAUUUUUAUUUUAUAUAUUUUUUCAUUAGGGCCAUAUCUCCAAAAAAAGAAAGAAAAAAUACAAAAAACAAAAAAAAAAAAACAAAAAAACAAAAAAAAGAGGGUAAUGUACAAGUUUCUGUAUGUAUAAAGUCAUGCUCGAUUUCAGGAGAGCAACUGAUCACUGCUUCAUGAAUCAAGGUGUGGAAAUGGUUGUAUAUGGAUUGAUUUAGAAAAUGGUUACCAGUACAGACAAAAAAGAGAAAAUGAAAAAAAUACAACUAAAAGGAAGAAACACAACUUCAAAGAUUUUUCAGUGACGAGAAUCCACAUUUGUAUUUCAAGAUAAUGUAGUUUAAAAAAAAAAAAAGAAAAAAAACUUGAUGUAAAUUCCUCCUUUUCCUCUGGCUUAAUGAAUAUCAUUUAUUCAGUAUAAAAUCUUUAUAUGUUCCACAUGUUAAGAAUAAAUGUACAUUAAAUCUUGUUAAGCACUGUGAUGGGUGUUCUUGAAUACUGUUCUAGUUUCCUUAAAGUGGUUUCCUAGUAAUCAAGUUAUUUACAAGAAAUAGGGGAAUGCAGCAGUGUAUUCACAUAAUAAAACCCUACAUUUGGAAGAGACCUUUAGGGGUUACCUACUUUAGAGUGGGGAGCAACAGUUUGAUUUUCACAAAUUACUUAGCUAAUUAGUCUUUCUUUGAAGCAAUUAACUUAGUCUAACGACAUUGAGGUAUGAUCAUUUCCAGUAUUUACGGGAGGUGGCUGCCGACCCACUUGAGGUGAGAUCUCAGAAGCUUAACUGGCCUGAAAAUGUUAACAUUCUGCCUUUUACUAACUCCAUCUUAGUUUAAUCAAAGUUCAAUCGAUUCCUUGUUUCUUCUGUGUGCCUCAAAGUUAUUUUACAUUUAGUUUACUCCACCGUGUAUAAUAUUUAUACUGUGCAAUGUUAAAAAGAAUCUGUUAUAUUGUAUGUGGUGUACAUAGUGCAAAGUGAUUAUUUCUAUUUCAGGGCAUAUUAUGGUUCUCAUAUUCCUUCCUACCUGGUGCACAGUAGCUUUUUAAUACUAGUCACUUCUAAUUUAAACUUUCUCUUCCUGGGUCAUUGACUGUUACUGUGUAAUAAUCAAUUUCUUUGAAACUGCUGCAUAAUUAUGCUGUUAGUGGACCUCUACCUCUUCUCAUCCCUCUUCCAAUCACAGUAUACUCAGAAUACCCAGCCCCUCGCAUACAUUGUGUCUGUUCACAUUACUCACAGUAAUAGAUGGAAGAGUUAGACAGGAACAUGCAGUUACAGUCAUUGUGAGACGUGACUCUCCAGUGUCACGAGGAAAAAAAUCAUCUUUUCUGCAAGCAGUCUCUCAUCUGUCAACUCCCACAUUACUGAGUCAAACAGUCUCCUUACAUAACAAUGCAACCAUAUAUAUGUUGAAUUAAAGACCCAUUUAUAAUUCUACUUUAAAUACAUCUGCUUGCUAAGAACAGAUUUUAGUGCUCCGAGCUUCAAAUAUGGAGAUUUGUAAGAGGGAAUUCAAUAUUAUUCUAAUUUCUCUCUUACAGGUACAAAUAAAAGGUGUAUACAAACUCUGAACAUAUCCAGUAUCCCAAUUCCUUUGUCAGUCAAAAGAGUAAAAUAAUUAACAAAAGACUGUUGUUAUGGUUUGCAUUGUAACCUAUACGCAACAAGUUUUUCUAUCCUGAUGUGCAACAUAGUCUCUAGACUAAUCCAGGAAGACUUUAGCCUCCUUUCCAUAUUCUCACCCCUGAAUCAAGAUUUACAGAAGCCCAUGAAGAAUUUGCAGCCUACUUGAGAUCAUCUUGCCUAUAAACUGAGUUAUUGCUUUGUCCUAAAAAUUAGUCGGUUUUUUUUUACUAUGAGGCUUUUCAGAAAUUUACAGGAUGCCCAGACUUUAAAUGUGUACCAAAAAAAAGAUAAAAAAAUAAAGGUGCAAAGAAAGUUUAGUAUUUUGGAA